AACGUUUAGGCGGCAAUGACUGUUUGCCUGCCUGUUGAGAAUUUCCCCACAAUACGGCAGAUCAGUUGAUGUUUACGUUUCGUUUGAAGCGUGUGGCACGUCGCGGCGUUUAAUAACGGUAAAAUAAUAAAUAAUAUUAAUUCGUGUGUGUGCGUAUGUGUGUGUGUGCUUCAUUAAAUGGCAGCACAACACCGGUCGGGAUAGCAGAAUUUAAGUGUUUGUGUUGAAAAUAGUUUUGUUGUUGUUGUUGUUGUUUGUUUUUUAUUUCCCACUACUGUUAUCAAGUGUUAACGGCUGUUUAUUUUGGUUGCGUCAUAGCGGAUGCGUUUGUUUGCGGAAACGGAAGUUCGGUUGUGUGAGUGUGUGCUUAGUGUGGCUGUGUGUGUGCCAUAGUCGAGCAGUGCACUCUUUGCAGUGCCGAGGUGAACGUGCGACGGAAGUGCUAAAAUCCGUUAUAUGGCUUGCAUUAAGUGAAGUGCUUGGAUUGCUUUAAAUUGCUAUGAAUUUGAAAUGCUAAUAAUAAAUGUUGCUUAUACGCCCCGCUGGGUCGCAGCAAAAACAUAUUGAAGCAUGCAAAAGAAGAGAUAUUUUUUUUCGAAAUAAAAACAUAAAGCAAAACUAUUUCCAAUUUAAAGAACAUACUUAAGCAUCAUUGAAGUUCUGCGCGUGUUCAGUUGUUAUAUAUUUACCGCAAAUUAUAUAAAGCUUACAUUUAAAAUCAUAAAGUGAGCACGCUUAACAGCAAAAACAACAAAAAAAAUGUUGAAUUCCUAAAUUAAAAAUCUAGAAGUGCUGCGCCAAUAACAAAACUUACGAAUAUUUCACGCUCUGUUCCGUGAUCCUCUAGGGCUUAAACUGAGCCAGUGAAUAAACUAAAAGAGCACAUAAAUAUAUGUGCAUGAGCAAGCGGCGAUACAUACAUACAUACUUUGCUUUGUUGCAAGUUUAGUUAUAUUGUGCGGUAAAUUUCCAAGCGAUGGUAGAACAGAAUUUAUGCUGGUUUUUAUGAAUCAAAUUUAAAUGCAAAGACGCAAGUGAGUAAAAAAUAUUACCCAUAAAGUUACUCAUACGCACCGUCAAUCCUGAGAGAGUGAAUUAUCGUUGAAUUCAAUGCACAUCUUAAGCAUAUAAAAGUGACAACAAGGUCAGCAACAUACAGACGCACACAAACAUAGAGAGAGAUAGAGCGAGUGAGAGAGUGAGAGAAUUGUGUCAAAGCAUAUAGAGCAGCUUAACUUAAUCUACGCAUACAAAACCAUAAACUUUUUGGCCUUGCAACACGCAUGAAAUUCAAUUUAAUUUUUUUUUUUUUGGCGAUAUUGCAAUGUCGAAAGGAGCAGCAAGUUUUGCGUAUUUUCGGGUAAAUACCACAAUGGUGUAUUAUGUUGAGGGAAAAGCAAAUGAAAACUGAAAACGUGGUGAAGGAAAAUUGCCAACAGAAAUUGUUACUUUCGAAGAAAAUACACACACACACAACGUUGAUAUAUGUACAUAUGUAAUGAAUGCAUGCUUGUAUGCCAACUUUUGUACGGUGAACCAAACAAUGUGAUCAUCCUCACAUACAUACAUGCAAAGGAGCAUAAACGUAUAAACAUAAAAGUCAGUGCUUGAAGUGCUAACGAGUAGUUGAUUGUUAACUUUCAACAAAUGCCGCUGCACAUACAUAUAUGUGCAGUUAAGUAUGUAUGUAAGUAUGCUGCUCAACCAACUUUCCAACACAACAAUUACGACUACACACAAACAAGCCAACAAAGCGAGUGUGCUUAACUAACUAAAAUAAGUAAGAACAAUUUGGUAUUUGUGGCUGUUUGUGUGUGUGUGCGCGUGUGUGUGCAGUUACCGUUGAAAAUUUUUCGGCUUUCGUUACUUUCGAGUAUUUCUGUGGUUGUACGCGUGCACUUGAUGGGGAUGAGCCAUAGAGCAGAUAAGAGCCGGAAGUAGUUGGAAAGACAGAGAUAUGUAGAUAGAUACAGGCUACGGGAGAAAGAGAGAGAGAGAGAGAGAGAGAGAGAGAGUGCGUAUUCGUGGUAAGAAGUGAAGGAAAUAAUAAGAGGAAAAUUCAACUUAAUUAAUUAAGCAAAAGAAAGUAAUGUGAGCAUCCUAGGCGUAUGAGUAACAUUUUUGCAACGACAAGUAUCUGUGUUGGCAUACAUUAUUGCUAGUCUGUAACAAUGAAAUGACUACACCAGUACAACAAUACGAAUUAAAAAGCUAUACAGACAGACAUAUUUACUCAAAAAAUUAACUGCCGCUCGCCCACUGCGCAACUAUAAAUUACAAGCAGCUUGGCCAGUGCUGCAUGACAUCUAAUAACGGCGUAACGGUAAAGGCAAAGGCAAGUAAUAAACAAAGGUGUCCUUAAGUUUGCAAACAUACACCGUUACGCACUCAAAUAAAUCACAAAAUCACCGUUCACAGCAUGGAGCAAUUUGUGCGCGAAUAUGCCGCACGUAGCAUCCUGCCAUAUCUGCACAUCUCCGGCGGCGCUGUACAUAGAUAUGCACGCUAUGCGUUGCCCAGCGACAAUGCUGACAUUGCGUACAGUGAAGGCAGCAGUAGCGUAGCAACUAUUGUUGCUGGCAACAAUAAUAUGAUAAACAAAAGUCCAAAUACAGAGAGUAUAGCUGGCGAUAGUGCUGAGGGUAGCGGUAGCAACAAUGACGACUAUUACUUUAUCAGCGCUGCCAAUACACAGCGUUUGCUCAAUGAUAGCGCCAUGACCGCGGCUGGUGUGACAACUGCAGAAUUUUUGCAACAACAACAGCAACAGCAAUUAUUUUACAACGAUAGCGGUGGUAGCAAUGGUAAUGCCUCCGUAUUUGUACUCUCAUCACUCACCGUCACUAUGAAAAGUAUUAGCAAUUUGGCGGCGUCCACUUCGACCGCUUGGAGUGCUGGGCUUGAUAUGGAUAGCGGUGAAAUGAAUAUGACUGCCGCCGAAAUGUGCGCCGAUCCGGAGGAUGUACUGUCCAGUGUCUACUUUAAGACCAUCGUCUAUUUGCUAUACAUUCCAAUUUUUAUAUUCGCUCUGCUCGGUAAUGGCAUUGUGUGCUAUAUUGUGCAGUCGACGCCACGCAUGCGUACCGUUACAAAUUAUUUCAUCGCAAACUUGGCUGUGGGCGACAUACUGAUGACGGUGUUCUGCAUACCAUUUUCGUUCGUUUCGAUUUUCAUUUUAAAACACUGGCCCUUCGGUACGGUGUUGUGCAAUUUGGUGAACUACUCACAGGCCGUGUCGGUGUUGGUGAGCGCAUAUACGUUGGUUGCUAUUAGUAUCGAUCGAUAUUUGGCGAUCAUGAAGCCGCUGAAACCGCGCAUAACGAAGAGGUGAG